AUGGUAUCGGCUCAGCAGUGCGAUCAACCUUUGAAAGAAGCACGAUUCGAUUGUCAUCCUGAAUCAUCUGUCUCAGAAAGAAAAUGUCUAGCUCGUAAAUGUUGUUGGAAACCAGUAAUCCCAUUCAUAGCUCAAUCAUCAACAAAUCAUUCUAUGGAUGCUGUAGAACUGAAUGUACCUUGGUGUUUCUAUCCACGAGAUUUUCCAACAUAUCAGAUAAAAACAAAUGAAUCAACUCCUUUCGGUCAACGAUUAACAAUUAUUAAACAACAAUCAACUUAUAUGCCAAAUGAAAUACUUAGUUUGACAGUUGAUCUUAUCUAUGAAACAGCGCAACGAUUUCGUUUACGAAUUUAUGAUCCAACAAGAAACCGUUUUGAAGUUCCAUUACAAGUUCCUGUCAUUCAAACAAAAGUGAAUGCUACUGAUUAUGAAGUUAUAAUUACUCAAAUACCUUUUGCUAUUCUUGUCAAACGAAAAUCUAACGGUAUAACAUUAUUCGAUUCAAGUGUGUCACCACUUAUCUAUGCCGAUCAAUUCAUUAGAUUUUCCAGUUAUCUAUCGAGUCCAUUUCUCUAUGGAUUCGGUGAACAUCGACAACCAUUUUUAAUUAACGUUACAAAUGAAUGGAGAAAACUAACAUUUUGGACUCGCGAUUUUCCUCCUUUGGAACACAUUAAUCUGUAUGGUGUUCAUCCAUUUCACAUCAAUAUAGAACCAACAGCAAAUUUUCAUGGCCAUUUUUUCCUCAAUUCAAAUGCAAUGGAUAUUGAUCUUCAACCAUUACCUGCUAUUACUUAUACAACCAUAGGAGGUAUUAUUGAUUUGUAUUUAUUUACGGGACCGACUGCACAAGAUGUCAUUCAACAAUAUUGGGAGGUUAUCGGGAAACCCCUAAUGCCACCAUAUUGGUCUCUUGGUUUUCAUCUAUGUCGUUAUGGAUAUAAUAGUAUCGAAAAAUUACGAACUGUUAUUCAACGAAUGCAUGAUGCUGAAUUUCCAUAUGAUGUUCAAUGGACAGAUAUUGAUGCCAUGUCAUCACAUCUUGAUUAUACUUAUGAUAAAAUCAACUUUAAUGGUCUACCAGAUCUUGUUCGUGCAUUACAAGCUGAAGGUAAACACUAUGUUAAUAUCAUUGAUCCAGGUAUUAGUUCAACUCAACCAUCUGGUUCUUAUGCACCAUAUGAUGAUGGUUUGAAAAGAGCAAUUUUCAUGACUAAAUUUAAUUCAACUGAACCAAUUAUUGGAAAGGUAUGGCCAGGCUUAACAGCAUUUCCAGAUUUUACUAAUGAAAACUCUAUUGAAUGGUGGACAAACAUUGCUGCUACAUUUCAUGAUACAGUUCCAUUCGAUGGCAUAUGGAUUGAUAUGAAUGAACCAUCGAAUUUUGUCGACGGUUCUCAAGAUGGUUGUACAAAUAAUUCAUUGGAUAAUCCUCCAUUUGUACCACAUGUACUCGGUGGCUCACUCAGUGCUAAAACACUAUGUCCAUCUGCUCAACAUGCACUUUCUUCUCAUUAUAAUUUACAUAAUAUGUAUGGUUAUUUUGAAGCAAGAGCAACAAAUCUUGCAUUGAAAACAAUUCGUCGUAAACGACCAUUUGUUUUAUCUCGUUCAUCAUUUGCUGGAUCAGGUCAAUAUACUGCUCAUUGGACAGGAGACAAUCGAGCAACACAUACCGAUAUGUAUUUUUCAAUUUCGGCUAUUCUCAGCUUCAAUAUGUUCGGUAUACCGAAUGUAGGCGCCGAUGUUUGUGGUUUUGAACUUGAGACCACUGAAGAAUUAUGUACACGAUGGAUGCAAUUGGGUGCAUUCUAUCCGUUUAUGAGAAAUCAUAAUGAUCUUAAUAUGAAAGAUCAAGAUCCUGCUGUAUUCUCAUGGAAAGCUCAGCAAAUUAUGAAACAAGCGUUGAUCAUGCGAUAUUCUUUGGCACCAUUUUGGUAUACUCUUCAUCAUCAAGCAACAAUGAUAUCAAGAACUCUAGUGCAACCACUUCAUUUCGAAUUUCCGAAUGACGAUAACACAGUUGGUAUCGAUAAACAAUUUUUGAUUGGUCGCGCUAUUCUUGUCUCGCCAGUUCUUUUCCCAUUAGCAACUAAAGUACGUGCUUAUAUUCCUCAAGAUGUUUGGUACGAAUUUCCAUCGGGCAUCAAAAUAACAACUGUUGGUAUAUUUACUGAGCUUGAUGCUCCUUUAGAUAAGAUAAAUGUACAUGUUCGAGGUGGUUUUAUCAUUCCAAUGCAAAUACCUGGAGAUAAUUUGAUGAUGGGUCGUGGUAAUCCAUUUACAUUACUUGUUGCUCAAUCAAUGUCAGAAAAUGCUACUGGAAAUCUAUUUUGGGAUGAUGGUGAUUCCCUUGACUCUAUUGAAACAAGAAAUUACAAUUACUUUGAAUUUUCGUGUUCUUCAAACAUAUUGACCAUCAAUGCAACUGUUGCAAAUUAUAAAGAUUCACCAAUGAAUCUGGAACUUAUUCGAGUACUUGGUGUUGCGAAAACAGUGACAAGGGUGACUAGUAGUACAUUCAAUACCUAUGAUUUAAAAUCACAUAAGCAGAAACUUUGA